CGUCGACCAACCCGCCAGCAACCACAUCAAAGGGACAGCACCCCCCAGCAGCAGCACAGCCAGAUCUCCCUGUCUGCACUACACUCCCUUUCAAAAUGGCUGCCAUCAACAAGAUCGCCCACAACUCGCCGUCGAGGCAGAACCCUUCCGAGCUGGAGACCGCGAUCGCGGGUGCUCUCUUCGACUUGGAGAGCAACACACAGGACCUGAAGGCUACUCUCCGGCCUCUGCAGUUCGUGUCUGCUCGUGAGGUCGAGGUCGGCCACGGCAAGAAGGCUGUCAUCAUCUUCGUCCCCGUCCCUCUCCUCCAGGCCUUCCACAAGAUCCAGCAGCGCCUUACCCGUGAACUCGAGAAGAAGUUCUCGGACCGCCACGUCCUCUUCGUCGCUCAGCGCCGCAUCCUCCCCAAGCCCAAGCGCUCCGUCAACUCCCGCACCAACCAGAAGCAGAAGCGCCCCCGUUCCCGUACCCUUACUGCCGUUCACGACGCCAUCCUCGACGACCUCGUCUACCCCGUUGAGAUUGUCGGCAAGCGCAUCCGCACCAAGGAGGACGGCUCCAAGACCCUCAAGGUCAUCCUCGACGAGAAGGAGCGUGGUGGUGUUGACCACCGCCUCGACGCCUACGGCGAGGUCUACCGUCGUCUGACGGGUCGUGCUGUCGUUUUCGAGUUCCCCCAGGGUGGUGCUUCUGAGUUUUAAAUUAUGCCUUUGAGACUCGGAUGCUGGGAUGAUGGGCGCGGAGGUGGUGGUGGGUUAUGACAUGAGGAGAGGAAAGCUCGGCCGAUUUUAUGUCUACUCUCUACUGCUCCCGCGCUCGGGGAGGAAGGAAGGAAUGUGAUGUGAUGUGAUAAUUACACUCAGUCAUGAUCUGUUUUGGCCCGGGCUGUUCUCUUUUGUUCGGCGUGGUUGAAAGAUAAAAAAAUUACCCAAGUU